GGGAUGAAAGCAAGAAUUACCUGUUAGUUCCUGAUGGCUUUUACUGUACUGACACAGUUGAUGAUGGCAUCCAAAGUUGAGAAGACCCGUGCUUCACCUCCAUGCUGUAGCACGGAGUCCCUCAUUUCCAGCCUUGGUCUGGGGAUCUUCUGCCUAGUAGUUGACAGACUUCUUCGGUUUUCCAUAAUUCAGCAAAAUAACUGGCUCCGUGCCCUCUCAGAUAACAUAGUACAUGGAGUGAUUGGCAUGUGGUCGUGGGCAGUAGUCAUUGGCAUCAGGAGGAAGUCUGACUUUGGAGAGGUUCUUCUAGCUGGAUUUUUAGCGUCUGUUAUCGAUAUCGACCAUUUUGUUCAAGCUAGAUCCCUAUCCUUACAAGCUGCUUUGACUCUUCCGAGAAGACCUUUCCUUCACUGUUCCACUGUGAUACCCAUCACGGUUCUGAGUGUGAAGCUUGCCAUGCACUUGUUCAAGCUCAGGGACUCAUGGCGCUUCCUCCCGUGGAUGAUAUUCAUUUCCUGGACCUCACACCACAUCCGCGAUGGAAUCCGUCACGGCCUGUGGAUAUGCCCAUUUGGGAAAACUCCUCCUUUGCCCUUCUGGUUUUACGUAAUAAGCACAUUGUCCCUGCCACACAUGUGUUCAUUCCUUAUGUAUUUAACAGGGACUAGACAAACGAUGUCUCCAAAACAUGGACUGUGUGUUGAUGUCUGA